AAGAUGUCCACUAUUCCGAAGCACUUUGGACUGAAACACAAAGAAGAAUCGUACGUGUUUAAAGAGCUUGAGAAGGUUCGCCAGGAGACUAGAAAGGAUUUUCUCCGAUUCAAGCAGAAGUUGGCCUCCAUGCCGGCUGUAGAUGAAGGCCCAGUCCAUGGCCUCCAGGCCCCCCGCCCUGGGGGGAAGGAGUGCGUUUUCUACUCUGGACCCCGAACGUCCAAAAGGUCCCCUCCAGCUAAAGGCCCAGCCACCCUCCCUGCGGCCCUCGGGCAGGAGGCGCCCCCAGGCCUGGGAGAGGCGGCGGCUCCUGGGAAGACCCGGCCAUUUUGCCCCCAGGACUUUUACUUGCGGAGCUCUGCGUUCCUACGGCUGCGUCCCCAGAAGAGGCCACCGGUCAUCGCCUCGGCGGUCGGCACGUCCAAACCUGUCGUCCUGCUGCCGCCGCCCUCGCCGCCGGCGAAGCCCAGAGCGCGCCGGGAGAGUCCGAGUCCCGCAGCCGCCGGGCGGGUCCUCGGUCCGGGCCGCAGGCGCCAAGCGAGCCGGGACGCAGACCCGCGCGCAGAGGCCCGCAAGGCCAAGGAAAGGAAGGUCGGCUCCAUCAGCGAGGACAGCGACGCGGCGGCGGCCAGCCGGCGGAGGAGGUUGAGGAUCCGCACUCACUUCGUGCGCCAGAGCUCGACCGUCGACGCGCGACAACCGUCUGGCUCCGUCGCCAAAGCAGAGCGGGAGAGUGGCCCGCCGGGCGACACGCGACAGGCCGCACAGCUGCCGGCCCUGCUGCCCGCCCGAGCCGCCCCCAGGUCCAUCGAGGACAUCAUCGCCUCGCAGCAGUCCGAGGCCCAGCUGGCCUCCGACCAGUACUUCAGAGAGCUCAUAGAGAGCGUCCUCGGCCAGAACUACGACAUCAAAAUGCAAGAUAUUCCUUUAAUUGGAAAAAUGUACCUCAAAACACCUCAGAUGCAAGCAGAAACAUCUCAUACUCAAGCAGAGCAAGGAUUACAGAUAAAUGUUGAGGAACCUCAAAUGGUAAAACAUUUGGAUCUAGAAGAAGCUGUGUCGAGUGUUUUCCAGAUUGAACAGGAGGAUGUAAUAGAAUGGGGAGUCUCAGAUGCAGAAAGCAUUGUAUUUAAAUCUCAGGAAAUUUCAGAAGUUCAGCCAGCACAGGAAUCAAGAAAACCUUUGAAAGAUGGACAGCCCACAACUGAUCCAGCUAAGCAGUCAUCUUUAAAGGUGAAAUCAUCAAAAUUCUUGCAAAUCAAAGGAAAAGAAGUUAAACGAAUACAAAAAAGUAAACUAGGAGUUCCACCACAGAGACCAACAAAGUCUUUAAAACUCCCUCGGGAUCAAAAACUACCUAAAAAAAUUCCAGCAGGCUGCUCCACCACUCUUCACCUUCAUCAUUUGUGCACCACCAUCCCAGCCCAGGAGCUGCCUGUUGACCUGCACCUGGCUUCUCGAGUGUAUCACACUGCUGACAAGCAAGGCCACGAUACCCUGCUUGGAACAGUUGGAACAUCUUUCUUAGAUGGUUGCUUUACAAAUGAAGAACAAAGAGAUAG